AGUUGAUUUGUAUCUAUAUUCGUUUAAUUAAUAGAUUCAUAACGGUUUUUUGACAGGCGAAUGGAACGAUGAAUUCAUCCCGUGAAAGCGUUCCAGAUUACUUGAACAAAAAUAUAUUCCCGACUUUAUUAAGUGCGAUGGAGAAGAUGUUGAUUGAAGCUGACCGUCGAAACGCUCUAGAAACGCAUAAAUGCUCUUUCAACGGACUUGAUUAUCUCGCAGAGAUCCUUUGGAAUCAAAACUCACAUCAUCCAGAUAGAUUGCAUACGUGGCUGAAUGUGUUUGACAUACCGCAGUUUAAAUUAUGGUUAAAAUCACAUCCCAGAUCAAUUUAUCCGAAAUCAUGGCUGUGGAGCAAAGAAGAUGCCGCCUUACAAAUACAGAGAUAUGUUCGUGGUUGGCUCGUUAGAAAAAGAAUGGAUGUUGAGGAGAUGCGUCAAUUUUGGAAGGUACUGGAAUAUAAUUAAGCAAGAGAUUGAAAUAUAUAACGACUGCUAUAUAAAUUGCAGGUCA